GGCACCAUGGCAUCCAAGGAGAGACUGUAUGAGGUCUGGAUGCUCUACUACACUAAGAGGGAUCCAGACUACUUGAAGCUGUGGCUGGAGAUUUUCAUCAGCUCCUACGAGCGAUGCCUGGACGUGGACUUUGAAAAGCCGCCUUCAAGGCCAGAGGAGGUUCCCCCGGUGUUGACCCUCCUCCCUGACAACAUCCUGCAGGUUUUGCGCCACCAGCUGCUGCAGUGCGUCCAGAAAGCCUCUGAUGGCCUGGAGCCCGAGCAGCAAAACCUGGCUCUGCUGCUACUCAAGUUCCUGAUCAUCAUCUGCAGGAACCUGUCCAACGUGGAGGAGAUUGGCACCUGCUCUUACAUCAAUCACAUCAUCACCAUGACAACACUCUAUAUUCAGCAGCUCAAGAGCAAGACCAAAGAGAAGGAGAUGGCAGACCAGAGCCAGGCGGAGGAGUUUGUCCGUCAUGCGCUGGCCUUCUGCGAAAGCCUCUAUGACCCUUACCACAACUGGAGGCAUCGAACCUGCGGGGAGCAGCUGGGAACAGUAGAGAGGAGCAGACAGAAGUACAAGGCGGCUCCACUCACUGUUGAGUUUGUUCCCUUCUUUUACCAGUGCUUCCAGGAGAGCGAGCACCUGAAGGAGAGUCUGAAAUGCUGCCUGCUGCACCUGUUUGGAGCCAUAGUAGCUGGCGAUCAGAGGAACGCUCUGCUCGCCAUCUCUCCAGCCACCAUGGAGGUGUUGAUGCGGGUGCUGGCUGACUGCUCCAUGGGUAACUGCUCUUCAGAUGAAGGCGAGGACUGGGACAGCGAGGCCCCCGACCGCAAGGCGCUGCUGACUCUGGGCUGCCUGCGAGAGGUGGUGCAGCGCCUCCUCGCCUCCAGCUCCGACCAGCGGCAGGUGGAGAUCGCCUCAGUGCUGGAAAACUACUUUAAGCUGCUCAACUCGGACCCGGCCGCUGUGGUCUCUGCCCGACAGCAGCAGCAGCAGCAAGCCAAGGGCCGAGUGCCGACACUGGGCCGACACUGGGAGAGCCGGUUUGUGGCGCUGCAAGUAAACAUGCUAGACACUAUCAGGGACAUGUUCCUGUGCUCGGACAGGCCGGUUCUACAAGCCAUCUUCCUCAACAGUAACUGUUUUGAGCAUCUGACACGACUGCUGCAGAACAGCAAGCUGGUUAACGCUAGGUGCACGGCGGCAGACAAGGACCAGAAAGAUAUAACCAACAACAGGUUACUGACAGGAGAGAGGGACACUCAGGUGUUUCAAGGGCGACUAGACUCCCUCGCUGUAGCAACCAUCAAAGCCCUGACAACAGUGAUGCAUAAAUCACCGGCUGCAAAGGAGGUGUUCAAGGAGAGGAUCGGUUACAAUCAUCUGUAUGAGGUGCUCAUCUCCCUUGGCCAACCAUCCCGACACCUCCUCAAAGAGCUGAUGAACAUGGCGGUGGAGGGUGAGCACACCUCAGUGGGGCUCCUGGGCAUCAGUAAUGUGGAGCCCUUGCUGCUGCUGGUCCAGUGGCUCCCGGAGCUGGACUCAUCGGAGCUGCAGCUUUUCACGGCCGAUUGGCUCCGCCGCCUCAGCUGCCUCAAUCGCCAGACCCGUGCCACCUGCGUCAAUGCCACCAUGGUCAUGCGAGCACUGGCCGCCCUGGAACGCCACCAGCGGCUACAUCGAGCUUGCGCUGAGAGUCUACUGGGGCUGGUGGGAUCGCUGGGCUCCCAGUCCUUGAGUGCCAGAGAACUGUUGGGGCUGCUGCGCCUCCUCAGGCCUCCAGAGUCCAGCCAAGCACACCCCUAUGUAGGCCCCGCCUUGAGAGCCCUCCUGGCCAUGGUACGCAAGCAGGGCCUGGAGAGUGCCAUGCAGUACUUUGACCUGUCACCCAGCAUGGCCGGCAUCGUCGUUCCAACAGUGCAGCGCUGGCCGGGCUCCGCCUUCAGCUUCCUCGCCUGGUUGUCACUGGACCAGGACCAGCUGGGCCCACCCAGCAAAGACAAGAGGAAACAGCUCUACAGUUUUUUUACCCCGGGAGGGACGGGGUUCGAGGCCUUCAUUAGCUCAGCGGGCGUGUUGGUGGUGGCUGUAUGCACGAAGAAGGAGUAUGUCACAGUCAUGCUGCCCGACUACUGCUUCUGUGACUCUCUCUGGCACAGCAUCAGUGUGGUGCACGUACCAGGAAAGAGGCCGUUUGGACAGAGUCUCGUCUACAUUUAUGUUGAUGGACAGCAGAAACUGUCUGCCCCGCUUAAGUAUCCCACCAUGACAGAGCCGUUCACGUCCUGCUGCAUCGGCUCUGCAGGCCACCGCACCACAACUCCCCCGCCCUCCCAGAUCCCAGACCCUCCCUUCUCCUCCGCCACCACACCCACCACUCGCUCCUCGCUGGGCGGCAUCCUGUCACCGCAGACCUGGGGGGGAUUGCUCGGGGGAAAGCCCGAGUCUGUGACUAAGCUCAUCUCUGCGGGGACUCAGGACAGCGAGUGGGGAAGCCCCACGUCCCUGCAGGGCCAGCUCGGGAGCGUCAUGGUGUUCCACGAGCCCCUGCAGCCCAAUCACAUAAAAGCCAUCUGUAGUGCUGGUCCAAACUGCAUCUCUCCAUUCAAAGCCCAGGAGUCAGAACUCGGCGACCUCUCAGCCAAACUGCUGCUGUACUACUCGCCCAAGGCUUGUAGGAACCCCAUCUGUCUGGACCUGUCUCCGAACAUGCUGCAUGGACGCCUGACUGGGAACAAAGUGGUCAACUGGGACAUCAAGGACAUGAUCAACUGCGUGGGCGGCCUGCCGGUGCUGUUCCCUGUACUGGAGCAGCUGACCCUGGUGACCCCCGAUCAACACGCCGGUGAUCCUGCAGCUGGGUCGGAUUUCAUCACCCCUGAUGUGACCACACCGGCUGAUGGAGACUGGGUCAUUCUCCCAUCCAACAGAGCGUCAGAGGCUCGUCUGGAGAAGAAUCUGGUGGCGACCUUCCUCUUGGUGCUGAAGCAUUUCCUGCAGAGGCAUCCCAUCAACCAGGAGACUCUGCUCCACUCGCACGGCGUCGGUACACUGGGAGCUCUGCUUCAGAAGCUGCCGGCGGGUCACGUCGAUGUCAGCGUGCUCGUUGCUAUGCAGCUGCUGAUCGAGCAGGUGACAUAUGAGAAGAACCAGGCGCUGCUGCAGCAGCUUCACACGCAUCUACUGUUCAACUUCAACAUCUGGAACAAAGGAGACUUCCCUCUGCGCAUUGGUCAUAUCCAGUACAUGUCCACCGUCAUCAAAGACAACAGGAAACAGUUCAGGAAAAAAUAUGGAGUUCAGUUUCUGUUGGACACCGUACGCCUUUAUUAUGGGAAGAGCAGUAAUAAAGAGAGUGACCUGAGUGAGGAUGACAUCCGUACCAUCCGGGCUUCUCUUUCUGGCCUCAUCAAGUACUACAUCAGCAAGGGCAUGUCACAGGAGGAGAUGCACAGCCUUCUGGGAUAUGUCGCUGCCAUCGGAGACGAGGAACAGCUGUGUGGGCUGCUGGAGUUGUUGCUCAGCCUUCUUCAGAGCAGUCCGGCCAGGGACCAACUCUUCCUGCUCCUCUUCGAGCCCGGGGCGGCCGACUCCUGCUACGCUCUCCUGCUCAAUAACAAACACUCAGACCGACUCAGAGAGCUCGUCUUCAAGCUCUUCGAGCGCAUGUUGCGCUGCGACCGCGUCUAUGAGAAGAAUAAGCAGCGUCUGCGGCUGAGAGAGGCGGGUUACUCCAGCCUGUCGUUGCUCUUCUCUGAGCUGCACAUCACUCAAACUCUGAUCCGCUGCCUCCUCAACCAGGUCCUCCACACAGAUCAAGUGGUGAACUACAAGGACCUGAUGUCUCUGGUGCAGCUCACUCACCGGGCCGGACCCACUGUGCGCCUCAUCGUCUGCAAGAGGGUGUACCAGCUGCUACAGUCCCAACAGGAUGCUGCGUUCCAGAUCUCAAAGCAGCAGUGUUGGCAGGACACCCUCAUGCGGCUGUACCUGCGGGGGGAAGGGUCCUUGCCGCUGCGGAGCGCCGACACCGUCAGCACCUGUAGCCUGGACCUGAGCCGGCCCGGCGGCAGCGGCGUUAACCGCCUGGAGCUGCCGCUGGAGAGGCGGGCACGGGCAGGCAGCGCCGGCCGCCUGGACCGGCUGGAGGACGACCGGCUCAGCAUCGGUGACACGCGCUCUGUGGACAGCCUGGAGAACGGCGACGUCAUCUCGCUGCUGGACACGCCGUCCUCCUCCGCGUCCACCGAGCCACAACUCCACGUCAAGCCCUGGGUGGUGGGAAAAUCAGGCGGGCUGACGCUGGACCUGUCCCACCUGCAGGCCUACGAAGGCGCAGAGAGCGGCAGCCAAACACCCGGGAGCAUGCCCAGCACGCCGUCACCACUCGAGGCUUCAAAGCCUUUCCCAGGAAGCUCCGGAGAUCGAGAUGCAACUUCCUCCCUGACUGAAGACAGCUUCCUCUUCAGUGACAACAUCUCACUGGGGGAAUCCUUCAACAAUGCUGAGCGGGCGGAGGAGGAGCUGUGCGGCAUGCUGCUGGAGAUCGUGCUGUGUGUGAUGUGGCGAGGCGUCGAAGGUUCGGAUGAUUCGGCGUGGCUGGAGCGCGGCCAGGUCUUCUCAGCUCUCACCAAACUGGGAACUGCCAACGAGCUGCUGCUUCCUGUCGACCAAAUCAAACUGAGUCUAAUGGAGCGUAUGUUGGAAUGGGCGGUGAGCGAUAACCGCGAGGCGUCGGCCGCCACGUUGCCACAACACACGGAGAACGCAGUGCGGUUGCUUCACAUGGUACAAGACUUCCUGCAGGCGGAGGGCCUGGUCAAUCCAGCGCUGUGGACGGAGAAGGUGCUGGAGGAGACUGUGACGCUGAUGGACAGCCUCAUGGUGUGGUACUCUGCUGGCACCCAGUGGUUCCAGCUCUCCCAGGUCGGACUCAGACUGCUGCUGGGCUUCAUGGCGCAGGAGGAUCCUGAGGUGUGUGCCAUGGCCACUGCCAAGCUCAACGGCAUCCUGCAGACCAAGGAGGUGUCCAGCCAGGACGAGGCCUGCUACCUGCUCGGGAAGGUGGAGGGCAUCCUGCGACGCUCCAUGCAGGAGCAAACGGAGGAGACCUACUCUUUCCUGGUUCCUCUGCUGCGAACGCUGCUCUCCAAAGUCCACCGCCUCCUCUACAUGGAGCUGCACCUGCCCCAGCUCCCGGACACCAACGGCAGCCCGUCCUUCUUCGAGGACUUCCAGAUGUACUGCAAGUCACCUGAGUGGCGCGUCUACCUCGACAAAUACAUUAUUCCGUAUAUGAAGCAGUAUGAAAUCGAAACAUUCAGCCAAGGUCAUGAGACCAUGGCUCUGUACUGGAAGGAGUGCUAUGAGGCCUUCAUGGUCAACCUGCAUAAGAGAGAGAGGGAGAGGGGCGAGAGCAAGAUCCGCUUCCAGGAACAGUUUGUGGAGCCCUUCUCACGCCGAGGCCGUCAGGAGAACCUACGCUACAACAGCAUGCUGAAGCAGCAGCACAGCCAGAACAGCGCCACCCUCAGGCAGUGGAAGGCAGCACGGCGGGGUCUGGUGUGUGAGAGAGGACCGUGGGCUGACAGGCAGCAGGAUGAGAUGCACUGGAGGGUUUCCAGUGCUGAGAACUACUCCCGCAUGAGGUUGAAGUUGGUCCGUAAUUACAACUACGACCCUCACAGGGAGGCCAGCGCCCUGAGAGACAACCUAGGUGUCCAUCAGCAGCGUGUGAACCCGGAGUCUCUGCUGCUGGAGGCCGUGAAGCAGGUCAAAGUCAGCGACCUGGAAGAUGACAUCCUGGAGCUGCCGGAGGACGACCCCGCUGCUGCCAGCAACCAGGUUGAAGCAGAGGAGGCCGGCCAGAAGGAGAAGCUGGUGCUGUGGGAGGACUGUGAGCUGGUGACGGUGGUGGACGUGGUGCCCGGCCGCCUGGAGCUCACCACCCAGCACAUCUACUUCUACGACAGCAGCCAGGAGAAAGAGGAAGGAGUCGGCCACGACUUCAAGUGGCCCCUCUCUCAGAUCCGAGAGGUCCACCUGCGACGAUAUAACCUGCGUCGCUCUGCUCUGGAGAUCUUCCUCAUCGACCAAACAAACUACUUCCUCAACUUCAAGAAAGAGGCGAGGAACAAAGUCUACAGCCGCAUGUUGCUGCUGCGAUCGCUCAGCCUGUAUGGAACCCGCUCGCCACAGGAGCUGCUCAAAGCCUCUGGACUCACGCAGAAAUGGGUGAACCGGGAGAUCUCCAACUUCGAUUACUUGAUGCAGCUGAACACGAUUGCAGGCAGAACGUACAACAACCUGGCUCAGUACCCAGUGUUCCCCUGGAUUCUAGCGGACUACACUUCGGAGGAGCUGGACCUGUCUGAUCCUCGGGUGUUCAGGGACCUGUCAAAGCCCGUGGCCGUGCUCAAUGAACGCAACGCCAAGGCAGUUAGAGAGAAGUAUGAAAGCUUUGAGGACCCAACAGGCACCAUUGACAGGUUCCAUUAUGGCACCCACUACUCAAACGCCGCUGGGGUGAUGCACUACCUGAUCAGAGUGGAGCCCUUCACCUCCCUGCACAUCCAGCUGCAGAGUGGACGGUUCGACUGCGCUGACCGCCAGUUCCACUCCAUCCCAGCGACAUGGCAGACGCUCAUGGACAACCCCAACGACGUCAAGGAGCUCAUCCCAGAGUUCUUCUACUUCCCAGAAUUCCUAGAGAACCAGAAUGGCUUCGAUCUGGGUCGCCUGCAGAUCUCUAAAGAAAGGGUGAACGAUGUUGUUCUGCCCAAAUGGGCCAAGUCCCCGGAGGACUUCAUCUACAAGCACCGCAAAGCCCUGGAGUCAGAGUAUGUAUCAGCGCACCUUCAUGAGUGGAUCGAUCUGAUCUUUGGUUACAAGCAGAAGGGCCCUGCAGCGGUGGAGGCCCUCAACGUCUUCUACUACUGCACAUACGAGGGUGCCGUGGACCUGGACGCCAUCACUGAUGAGAAGGAGCGGAAAGCCCUGGAGGGCAUGAUCAGCAACUUUGGACAGACGCCCUGCCAGUUACUCAAGGAGCCCCAUCCGGUGCGUCUGUCUCAGGAGGAAGUGGAGAAGAGGAAAGCCCAGCUGGACUCAUGUCCUCUCAGCAUGUUCGAACACCUCAGUGACCUCAAGUCCUUCUUCGUGGAGGGCAUCAGUGACAACGUGCCGCUGGUUAAGGCUGUGGUGCCAAAGAAUCAGUCCCAUUCCUUCAUCACCCAAGGGAGCCCCGACACUAUGGUGACAGUGAGUCAGAACUGCCUGGUUGGGACCCAUGGGUGGCUGCCUUACAACAAGAAUAUCUCCAACUACUUCACUUUCAUCAAGGAUCCCACAGUGUCCAACACCAAGACGCAUCGUUUUCUGUCGGGGCCCUUCGCCCCCGGUGUAGAGGUGACGGCGGGGCUGUUUGUGGUCUCCCACGACGGCAAGUUGCUCUUCAGCGGUGGCCACUGGGACAACAGCCUCCGGGUCACCUCCCUGGUGAAGGGCAAGACUGUGGGACAGCACAUCCGACACAUGGACAUUGUGACCUGUUUGUCAACAGACCACUGCGGCAUCCACCUGAUCUCCGGCUCCAGAGACACCACCUGCAUGGUGUGGCAGGUUCUGCAGCAGGGCGGAGCUCCUGUGGGUCUCCAUCCCAAACCAGUUCAGGUGUUGUAUGGACACACGGACGAGGUGGUCAGCGUCAGUAUCAGCACUGAGCUGGACAUGGCUGUGUCGGGAUCACGGGACGGGACAGUGAUCAUCCACACGGUGCGUCGGGGUCAGUACAUGCGUUGCUUACGACCGCCAUGUGACAGCUCCCUGCCGCUGUCCAUCCUCCACCUGGCUGUGUCCUGGGAGGGUCACCUGCUCGUCCACACCUGCGUCGAGGGCAAAGCAACACUCAAGGAUAAAAACGCCCUUCAUCUUUACUCUGUAAACGGAAAGCACCUGGGCAGUGAGCCUCUGAAGGAGCAGGUGACUGAUAUGUGUGUUUCAGGGGAGUAUGUAGUCAUCGGCAGUGAGCAGGGAUACCUGUCCAUCCGUGACCUCUACAGUCUGUCUCUGUGUGCCGAGCCCAUGGCGAUGCGGGUGCCGGUGCGGUGCGUCUCCGUCACCAAGGAGCAGAGCCACGUCCUGGUCGGCCUGGAGGACGGCAAGCUGAUCAUCGUGGGCGUGGGCAAGCCGGCGGAGAUGCGUUCGGGCCAGAUCACACGGAAGCUGUGGGGCUCCAGCAAGAGACGGACCCAGAUCUCUUCAGAGGAGACGGUCUACAACACCCAGCACGACCACAACUGA